AUGGGCCAACGAAUCUCAAAGCCAGUCACUUCGCACGAAGCCGACUCUCCUCACGAGGAAAAUUCGCAAAAACAAAGACAGUAUUACCCUAUUCAACCCAGCCCCGUCAAAAAAGACGAGAUGGACCUCUCACUAGGAGAAGCCAUCCAUAAAGAUGACGAAACUCAAGGCCAAGCUACCCCUGGAAUUGAGAGUGAUGGAGAGCCGCAGUACGAGUGGCUUCUGGCUAAGUUGGCAAACGAACAGCCUCCCCCCGAGACGACCGCAGCCAGUUCGUCGAGCGGCGAAUUGUACCAACGCGAAUAUUCCAUCUACUUAGAGAUUUUCAAGGCGAACAUCGCGAAGAAUGGUAUCAACAUCAUCCAAGUAGAGAAGGUCUUCCAGACACCCAUCUGGUCCGGCGGCAACAUCAUCUUCCUCAACUACAAUUCUAGUUCAUCAUCCUCCAUGGUUUCCACGCACGAUACCACGCACGAUACCACACACGAAACUGCGCACGGUACUGCGCAAAAUGCUACGCAAGGUACUCCCGAAGCUAGUGAGCCGGCCGUGUAUAAAGGUUUCGAUACUGAAAUGUAUUUCUUCGAGCUCAACUUCUACUACUACAAAUACAAGGACUGGUUCCGCUGCAUGGUAGACUCGUUCUGGGGCCCGCAAAUCGCGUCGGUCUUCCAGAUAAUCCAUAACAAUCGCCCCUUCAUCCAGAUUGCCUUUAAGCUCAGUUGGAGCUUCGCAGGUGAACGAGAGAAAUACUACGCAAGCGUGAUGAUGUUCCUGCACAUCAUUGCCCGUCUGCGCCCAUUGCAGGGACUCGGUCCUCUCACGGAUAUCUUCGGCUUCUCUCUUGUUAACUUCUCUGGCAAGGUAAUCACCGAAUUUGAGACGGUUGAACGUCUUGGGGUCGACAGACCUGAGGGCGAGGGAAGCCAGUCCAGAAAGUUCGUCGUCCGCCAUCCUAUCGAGGCUUGGCGAAGCGUAGUCGUCACGAUUAAGGAUUAA